AUGUCGUAUUACAUUGGCCGUUUCCUUGGACAGUUGUUAAAGAACUUCAGAGCUGGCGAUGCCAAGCUUCUCAUUAACCGGUUAGAAUUGAAGGAUCAAGAGCAGGAGAUCUCUGUGACUAGCUCGUUGUUCGCUGAUGAUGGUUACAUGCCCCUUGAAACAGCAGGGUUAGGUGUAGGCGAUAACAAGUCUCCGCCAUUGAAGAUUGCUUUGUCAACUCAUCUUGACGAAAUAAAAUCGCUUGUCCUUAUCUGUCAGGACAUCGACGUACCAAUUCCUUUCCCAAUCACUCAUUUCCUUGCCUAUGGAAUCGCUCCUGGCGAAGUGGUGGAAUUCGGUCUUGAUGAUCUUUCCGAGACAAACAAUGGCAGCGAAAAGUGUAGUCUUGGUACGUGCUCUCUUGGGAAAGUGGGAUGGAUUGGCCCACGACCAGUUCCUGGCCAUGGAGACCAUCGCUAUGUUUUCCAAGUGUUCGGCUUGAACGAAGCAGCUUCUCAAGCGAUCAGCGACUCUACCACACGUUUGAAUACUGAUCAGAUCGUUGAAAUCAUUCAAGGAAAUGUAGUGGCUUUUGGCGCACUUACGGGGAAAUACCGGAGAGACUAG